GAGCACACACUGGACAUGGCCUCCCAGACCCACCUGCCAGCCCCAGUGUGCCUCAUUGAGAAUAUGAAAGGGCAGCUGAAGGUGAAUCAGGAAGCUCUGAGCAUCCUGUCUGCCAUCACCCAGCCCGUCGUGGUGGUGGCUAUCGUGGGCCUCUACCGCACAGGCAAAUCCUACCUGAUGAACAAGUUAGCUGGGAAGAAAAGAGGCUUCUCUCUGGGCUCCACGGUGCAGGCCCACAUCACAGGAAUCUGGAUGUGGUGUGUGCCUCAUCCCAAGAAGCCAGAUCAGACUCUAGUUCCGCUUGAAACCAAGGGCCUGCGAGAUGCUGAGAAAGGUGACAACCAGAACGACUCCUGGAUCUUUGCCCUGGCGAUACUUCUGAGCAGCACCUUUGUGUACAACAGCAUGGGAACCAUCAACCAGCAGGCCAUGGACCAACUGCACUAUGUGACUGAACUGACAGACCGAAUCCGAGCAAAAUCCUCACCCAACACGAGUGAAGUUCAAGACUCAGCUGACUUCAUGAGCUUCUUCCCAGACUUUGUGUGGACACUGAGAGAUUUCUCCCUAGAAUUAGAAAUAGAUGGAGAUUCCAUUUCUCCAGAUGCCUACCUGGAGAAUUCUCUGAAGCUAAAAAAAGGUACUGGUGAGAAUGUUAAAAAUUAUAAUCUCCCCGGAUUCUAUAUCUGCAAGUUCUUCCCAAAGAAGAAAUGCUUUAUCUUCGAUAGAUCCACUCAUCAAAAGAAGCUGGCCCAGCUCGAGAUGCUGCAUGAUAAUGAGCUGGAUUCUGAAUUCGUGGGGCAAGUUGCAGAAUUCUGUUCUUACAUCUUCAGCUCUGCCAGGACUAAAGCUCUUCCGGGAGGCAUCCAUGUCAAUGGACCUCGUCUUGAGAGCCUGGUAUUGACCUAUGUUGAUGCCAUCAGCAAUGGGGAGCAUCCCUGCAUGGAGAAUGCAGUCCGGGCCUUGGCCAAGAGGGAGAACUCAGCUGCUGUGCAGAAGGCCUUGGACCACUAUGACCAGCAGAUGGGUCUGAAGGUGCAGCUGCCCAGAAACACCCUCCAGGAGCUGCUGGACCUGCACAGGGCCUGUGAGAGGGAGGUCACUGAGAUCUUCAUCCAACAUUCCUUCAAAGAUGUUGGCCAGGUAUUUCAAAAGGAUUUUGCAGCUCAGCUGCAAAAAAAAUGAGAUAAUUUUUGUGAACUGAAUAUGAAAGCAUCUUCAGAUCGUUGUUCAGCUUUGCUUCAGGAUCUUUUCAGUCCCUUAGAAGAAGAGGUGAAACAAGGAAUUUACUCUAACCUGGGAGGCUACCAUUUUCUUAUUCAGAAGGUACAAGACCUGAAGAAAAAGUACUAUGAGGAACCCAAGCAGAGAAUACAGGCUGAAGAGAUUCUGCAGAAAUACUUGAAAUCCAAGAAAGAUAUGAAUGACAUUCUACAGACAGACCAGACUCUCACAGAGAAGGAAAAGAAGAUGGAAGUGGACUGUGUGAAAGCUGAAUCUACCAAGGUGGCUGGAAAAAUGUGGGAGGAAAUGCAAAAGAAAUAUCAGGAGAUGUUGGAGCAGAAAGAGAAGAGCUAUCAGGAGCACAUCAAACAGUUGACUGAAAAGGUGGCAGAGGAGAAGGAUCAGUUUUUGAAAGAGCAACAGGAGGUUCUAGCUUUUAAAUUCCAGGAACAAGCCUAUCUAUUGACAAAUGGAUUCCAUAAUGAGAACAAACAAAUUUAUGAGGAUAUAAUGUAUCUCAACGAAAGCAUAGAAAACUCAAAUCUAAAUGUGUCAUACUAUAAAUACCUAAUGAAACCAGCUUAUUUAUUCUAUCCAAGGCACAGAUAA